AUGGCGUUGGAUCGCGGUGCGAGAUGGCAUGACGAACCCUGGUCUCCGCCUUUCUCUCAGCCGCCCCGAUCAAAGCGACCUGGUCAACAACAUCGAAAAUGGCGAGAUACUUUUCGAUGGCGCCCCCGGAGAUGCACCUCCGCCGGAGUUCGUAUAGGAUGGACUAUAAUGGUAUUACUGGCAUUCCUAUCGUCGUCAACCUACGCUGUCUUGCUGGAAUUUGAGAACUGUUUGGAUAUGGCUAUCAUCGAUUCGGAGCAAUUGCAGUUCAUUCCACUCAAUGUGUCGGCUACACUGAACAUGACGAACUCUCUGUAUCCGUUGGAUAUUAUUGUUUACGGGAACGUAACUGGUACUGCUCCCGGUAAUAGCUCCGAAACCAAGAUUAUCGACCUUGACGUCGCCAAUAACAACUACUCGACCCUGAAAACCUCCAUCCAAGUCGCCAGCUUCAUUCCUUAUUCCGAGCCCACGAGAUUUUGUGAUUCUGUUACCCAGGGGGAGUGUCCGCUGGGGCCUCAGUUCGAUGGGAAUGCAUCUGACCUCUCUACCCUACGGGCCUUCAAGGUUGAGCAUGAUAUGGCCUCGUCCUACCACUUCUCUACAUUGCACACAACGUUCACAAUCAUAUCUGGCGAUGCGGCUGCUGAUCACCUCGGGUGUAUAUCCGUCGAUAUUACACCGGACCUAGGCUUCAGUAUAAAGAACGCCCUCGCUUUUGUGCCUCUCGCCGUUCUGAUCUUGGUGGGAUUGGCCACGAUAUCCGCUGCCAUAUACAGCCCAUGGGGUACUACAGACCCAUUUCGCUGGACCAGCAAUUACGGCCGCGAUGAAGACGUUCUGCGACUUGUGACCCCAGGUUUCGGAGAUUGUCUUCAGUACAUACAAUUCAUUGUUCUAACAGGGGCGUUGUCACUGGACUUUCCUGGAUAUUACCAGCCGGUGGUCAGCCAGGCUUCAUGGUCAUCCCUCAUGUUCAACCAGAGCUUCUUUGGAACCGAACACAACCCGGUCGUCGACGGGAUUUACGCGGUCAACGGUACCCGUGGCUUGGACCGAAUGGAGAAGCUUGUCGGUAUGGAUGGGCCCCGCGAUGUAUGGCCUGCAAUGAUGGUCUGGCUGCUUGCGAUUUUGGGAAUCAUCACAUUCCUAAUUCAAUUUGCUUUCGCCUUCCGCUGGCUCUACCGCGAGCUUGCCAGAAUUCCCGAAGAGGAUCUCCGCGCCAAAAAUAUGCCGUUCACUGUCGGCAAUGUCAUUCGAAUUGUCUAUAAUUUCUUUCUUUUGCCACUAAUAUCCCUGUCUUUCUACCAACUAAUUAUUGCCGGUGAGGCGCCCGCCUAUUGCGUGGGUCUAGCAGGGUUGGUCAUUUUCAUAUUAAUAUGCUUUUCGAUUUGGACUGUCCGGUUCAUAAUUACUACCCGCCCGAGAUCCUACCUCUUCGAUGACCUACCCACCGUGCUUUUGUACGGCCCUUUAUACAACACUUUCUCGGACGAUGCGGCGGCGUACGCCGUGAUCCCGAUCUUCAUAUCAUUUGCACGCGGCAUCGCGAUUGGCGCAGUUCAAGCGUCAGGAAUAGCCCAGAUUGUUCUUCUGGCAAUUUGCGAAGUUGUUUCGGUCUUAACAAUUAUAGCAUUCCGACCAUUCCCUUCUCCAUCAUCUAUGAACCUUCACCAUAUUUGCUUCUCCUUUGUCCGGUUCCUGGCAAUUCUCCUGAGCGUUGUCUUUGUCCCGUCCCUUGGCAUAUCGCAGGCCGCCAAGUCCUGGAUUGGCUAUGUUAUUCUCUUGCUCCAUGGUCUAGUUCUGGUUUUUGGAUUUUUCCUUAAUGCGUUGCAGACCUUGAUUGAAGUGAUUGCCCGACUGCUAGGUGCCGGAGGCAAUGAGGCCGGUGUUACCCGUGGAGGCCUUGUAAAGGUCUUUGGUAUGCGCCAAUUGUCACGGCGUCUUCCGAGGCGUGAUGUUGUUACACGACAAAGCAUGGCUUCCGAUGCCGCAAUUUUAGCACAGGCAGAUGACCGACUUUCGUCUCAAUUCGAGGGGUCUCGGCCUAGAAGCUUGUCUGGUAGCUCGGCCCUACUGCUCAACCGAGCGACAGCAAAUGAAAGCAAGGGCAGCGCGAUUUAUGAAUCCGGUGAAAGGUCCCACAGUCGUGCUAAUAGCGCCGGCUUAUAUACACCCACUACAGCGGGAGGCUUCCCGGGCUCUGGAUAUCACACAGCGGGAAGCAACUCUCCAAAGAUCGGCCCUGUCUUUGCGAUGCAACCACACGACCCUUAUUAUCGGCCACCGAGACCUCGUAAACGGGGUGAACGGGCCUUCUCGGACGAUUCUGGUAGAAGGGGCUCUUCUACCCUCUACCGAGAUGUCAGCUUUGCUGACAUGGAUGACGAUGCUGCCGAAGGUCCUUCAGUAUCUAGACGAGGCACUCCUACUCCGGCUUAUAUUCCUGCGCCCAAAGAUGACCUGGAGUAUGAUGAGCCGCCACGCAAGCGCAAAGAUUACGCAGUGCGAGAAGUAGAUUUCUACUACCGAGUCCGAGGUCCUCCACUGUCACACACGGGAACUCGAAAGCUCAAGACUGGACCUGCAGAUCCUACAGGACCUGUCUCGUCCGCCACUGGGUUCUUCCGCAAUCUAUUGAAUGGGAAAACGAAGGAUAAAGGCAAAGGAUUCGAAGUGGUUCGCAGUAGCAGAGCUCCCCCGCCUGGUAUUAUUCCCGAGAGAGAAGACGUCCAUGAGCCGUACUCGGACGAUCCUGCCAACCAGAAUAAUGCAAACCGCGAUCGUUCCGCUCCGGAGGCCAACAACCCUCACGAAUCAGAUCACAAUAGCGAUGAUAACCCCCGAGAAUCCGCUAUUAACUUGCCGCUCAUAGAUGCGGGCGGAACCAUUGAGCUCCCGAGUCGUAUGGGCUCCCGCCGUGGAACCCAGCCUCCACCAUUGCGGCCAAAGACGCCGUCAAAGUCGAGCAAGAGGCCAGCUUCGCGAGGUCCAGACGAGCUUGAAAACGAGGCACGCGACGAUUCUUCGCUUCGCGCCGCCCAAACUUCUAGCGCAGCUCGGCUACCAUUCAGCGCAGCGAGUUCACCGUCUCGGGAUAGGAACUACUCGCUUGCUUCCACUACUGCAUCCGCAUCGUCCGGCCACGACCGAACCGCGCAAACUCGAGCCGAGCGCCCAUCCAGCGUCGGUUAUGUUGCCCAGUAUCGCACCCAGGAUAAAAUCCAUUCUCCGCAUUCCGAACAGCCGUCGUUCAACGAAAGCGCCGCCGAGCUUGUGGAUGAGUCGCAUAGUGAAAAGAGUCACACAUAA